AUGUAUAUCGCCGAACUAUUCAAGGCCCUCUCUAACGAGGCUGUCACGAGGCCCUACCAGACCGCGGUGACGAGUGUUCUCGUGUCGUUCCUUGCUUACAUUAUCGUCAACGAGUACGUGGCGAGGAGCGCUAGGUUAGCCGCCUUCGAUGGACCGAAGAGACUCCCUAUAGUAGGAAACCUCUAUCAAUUGAGGUCGAAUGCGGCAGAGAAGUAUCGAGAGUGGGCAAAGACAUAUGGACCAGUAUACCAGAUUCAACUUGGCAACAUUCCCAUCCUCUUGGUCAAUAGUGCCUCCGCCGCGAGAACUGUCUUUGGAACAAACUCGUCAGCCACUGCUUCUCGGCCUGAAUUCUACACAUUCCACAAGCUCGUUUCCAACACCGCAGGUACCACGAUUGGUACAGCUCCAUACAACGAAUCUCUUAAGCGAAGAAGAAAAGGAGCUGCUUCUGCCCUCAACCGACCCGCCGUCGAAACCUACAUCCCCCAUCUGGAUCUCGAGACCAAAGACUUUGUUACCGAAGCCUACAAGUUCGGAAAAGCUGGAACGCAAGAGGUCGAUCCGCUACCUCUGGUCCAGCGGCUGAGUCUCUCUCUGGCUUUGACGCUGAACUGGGGAACACGCAUGCCCAGUUCUGAUAGCGACCUGCUUAGGGAGAUCACCCACGUCGAAGUCGAGAUCAGCCGAUUUCGAAGCACCACGGACAACUUGCAAGACUACAUCCCACUGCUGCGCUUAAACCCCUUCUCAUUCGGGCACAAAAAGGCUGCAGAGUAUCGUAAUCGUCGAGAUGCAUACCUGGGCAUGCUGAACCGCGAUCUUGAGGAGCGGGUAAGCAAGGGAACUCACAAGCCUUGCAUUCAGGCAAAUAUCAUGCUAGACCGAGAGGCCAAGCUCAACGACGUGGAGAUGAUGUCUAUCAGCCUCACUAUGCUGUCCGGUGGAUUCGAGACUUUCUCAACGGUGACUACCUGGGCUAUCGCCUACCUUGCAACGCACCCAGAGAUCCAGGACAAGGCGUACAAGGCCAUCUCAGAUUUGCAUGGCCCCGAGUCUCCUCUAUGCGAUCCUGACGAUGACCAGAAGUGUGACUAUGUCCGCGCCCUUGUGCGGGAAAGUUUGAGGCAAGCAAACGUCUCGCCUAUUCUUCGCUUAUCCCUGCCUCGGGCAACCAACAAAGACUUCUACUACGAGGGAAAGUUUGUACCAAAAGGAACAGUAGUGUUCCUAAACUCCUGGGCAUGCAAUAUGGAUGACGAGCUCUGGGAGGACCCCGAGAUAUUCCGUCCCGAGCGCUGGCUAGAGCAUCCUGACCAUCCCAUGUUCACCUUUGGAGUGGGAUACCGCAUGUGUGCAGGCUCACUGCUAGCAAACCGCGAGCUAUAUCUCACCUUCAUGCGCAUGAUAGCUAGCUUUGAACUCUCUACAAGAGAUGAGAUCGACACUAACCCGUUGACUGGGGUUGAAGACUUGACUAGUCUUGUGAGCACCCCGAGAAAGUAUCGUGUCACCUUCAAGCCGCGAAACGAUGCAGUCUUGAAGGCUGCGAUUGCGCAGGGGUUUGAUGAAUAA